CCUUCGGUGAGAUAAGUCAGAUGAUAAUUAGGCCGAGAUUGUGAUUUUGUAUAGAAAUCUAGAAUCUAGUUUAGUUAUAAUAACAUCUCAGUCAAAACAAGUGCAUCACACAGAAAGCCAAGAUGGUUCAUCGAAGCAGUUUCGUCCCUGCAACAGCUGCGUUGAUAGCUUUAGUUUAUCUGUUAAGCCUGUCAGCUGUUUGUGAGGCUGCAAGUUUUGAAGAUACGAGAUGCAAAUGUGUGUGUGACAAAACUUGGGAUGCGAGUGGAAAAGAGACACGAGCAGUCUUUACGAAUACCACCCGUAGUGAACAAUGUGAUUGUGAGCAUGUGGUAAAGCCUUUAGCACCAUUUCUAUCCUGUUCAAGAUGCCUGUGCAGGACAGAAACUAGAAACACUACUACAAUUAAGGUUGUGGUAAUCUUCAUCAUCUGUGUGGUGUCGCUGCUGUUUGUGUACAUGCUGUUCCUGCUGUGCCUGGACCCACUGAUCCAGAGGAGGCCGACCAGCUACCAGCAGCACACCAACGAGGAGGUGAAUUUGUCGCGUGGAGUGCCAGAGGAGGACAUGUCCUCUGGACCCCGCACAGAGGACGCAGCGGCCACAACUCCGACCGGGGCCGGCCCCUCCCCCCAGGCCAUGUCGGCCCGCCAGAGGUCCCUGCUCAACAUGGUGUCCAAGGAGCAGAAGAAGUGGAAGGGCACAGUGCAGGAGCAGCGCAAGAACAUCUACGACAGGCACUCCAUGCUCAACUGAUGGGUCAGCGCCUGCUACUGCUGGGGAGGUUGUGCUAGUGGGUGUUUCUGGUGUGAAUUGCUCCUUCUUUCCUAUCAAACAUCUUCUAUCGUCUUUAUCUCCCCUCCUUUUUUUGUGUGUGUUUGUUGCUCUCUUGUAACACCCCUAAUCUUCGGCACUUAUAUGACCUUAUUGUGUUGCAAGUGCAGUAAAACACUUACUGAAAUAAAAGACGGAUUAGCUCCUGCUCCUGCUGCUGCUGCAGAGGUUGUGCUAGUGGGUGGUCGGUGGGUGUUUCUGGUGUGGUUUACUCCUCCUUUCCUAUCACACAUCUAGCAUUCGUAUUUUCCAUCCUAUCGUUUCUGUCUGAAAAAUGUCAACCCAAGUUGGAUCAUUUAGGGGGCGGGCUUUGACCCUGAAGCAGUACAAGUACAACUCCUUAACACAUUGGUGACUCUGCCAACGAUAUUACUUUAACUUUAACUUGGAAACCUAAAAAGAAGUCUGUCAUCCUUAUCUUUCUCCUUUUUUGUGUUUUUUACUUUCUGGUAACACCCCUAACCUUUGGCACCUAAGGACGUAUUGGUGAUGUAAGUGCUGUAAAACUUACUAACAAAAAAAAAA